UCUAAAAAACAACAUUUCGGAUCUUGGAUACACUCCAUUUGACCCGAAUCUGUUCGAACUCAGUCCAUCUGAGUUUUCUCUUCUCAUCCCUAAACCCUACCAAAAUCCUCUUUGUUCAUUCCCAAAAAACCAGCCGAAACUCUUUUCAGUUUUGAUCAAUUAAGCAAUCGGAAUCUACCAAGAAGAAUGCGAAAUCAACAGCGAUGGCUUCUCCUUCUUCUCCGGCACCAUUCUCUAGCUCAGCCUCACAUUUCCAGGCACCACAUCAAUCAAUCUCCGUUUCAGGUAAAUCGAUCUGUUAGUACUAUCGCUUCUUCAACUAUCCACUCACGUACAUCUCACAUGCUCCCUUACCAAUCACUCACCGUUCGUAGUUUCUCCACAUCUGAAUUGGCUGUCGAACACAAAGAUUCAGAUCAAAUCGCUGUUUUAACUGGUAUUUUCUCUAAACCAAACCGGAGUAAUGAAGAAAUUAAGCUUGAUUUAGAGUCUAAUAAUGUUACUGUCACGCAUGAUUUGGUUAUAAGAGCGUUAAGGAGCUUUAAUACCGCCCCUGAUGCGGCACAUAAGUUAUUUAACUGGGUUAAGGAGAAUGAGAGCGAGAGGUUGAGUUCAAAGGUGUAUAAUUAUAUGUUGGGGAUAUUGGGGUCUAAUGGGUUUGUCAAAGAGUUUUGGAUUAUGGUUGAAAUCAUGAAAAGUAAAGGGUAUGGAGUGUCCAGGGGUACGUUUAAUCGGGCUAUUGAGAAAUUUGAGAAGGAGAAGCUGAGCGGCGACCUGGAGAAGCUAAAAAAGUUGUAUGGUUCUGAGCUGGCCGACAAUUCGAGCGAGGAAGUUUGUUCUAGGGUUUGCAAAUUGAUUCGAGGAAAUGUAUGGGGAGAUGAUGUGGAAAAGCAGCUGCGAGAGUCAAAAUUCGAGUUCUCGAGUGAAUUGAUCAGUAUGGUUUUAGAGAAGCUUGAAUGUGAAACUAAUAAGGCUUUGAUAUACUUUAGGUGGAUUGAAGAGAGUGGUCUAUUUAAACACAAUGAGCAGACAUUUAAUGCUAUCGCAAGGGUCUUAGGUAGGGAAGAGUUCAGUGAGAAGUUCUGGAAGUUAGUUGAUGAAAUGAGAACUGCAGGAUUUGAAAUGGAAAAAGAAACAUAUAUUAGGGUUCUGGAUAACUUUGUUAAGAGGAAAAUGAUUAAGGAUGCCGUGAACUUAUAUGAGUUUGCAAUGGUUGGCAUAAACAAGCCAUCCUCGGAGGACUGCACUUUUCUAUUGAAGAAAAUAGUUGUUAGCAAGGAGCUUGAUUUGGAAUUGUUCUCAAAAGUUUUAAGGGUCUUCACAGAAAGUGGCAAUUCAUUGACUAGUGCUAACCUCGAUGCCAUUCUCAAGUCUUUGACCAGUGUUGAUAGAUUUGGCGAAUGUAACAAGAUAUUGAAAGCAAUGGAGGAUGCUGGUUUCACACCUAGUCAUAAUCAGCAGAGGAAAAUUGCUUUUAAUUUGGGUAGUGGUGGGAAGGAUAAGGAAUCCAAUGAGUUUAUGAAUUAUAUAGAAUCAACUGUCUCUACUCCAAAUUCUAAAACAUGGACAUCUUUAAUUGAAGGAUACUGUGAAGCGGGUGAUCUGGCUAAAGCUUCAGAAGCAUUUGAAAUGAUGAUCGAAAAGGAAGGGUCAUCCCAUGCUGGGUAUGCUUUAGAGCUCUUAGUGUCCUUGCACUGCCGCAAGAGAAGAGCGAUUCACGCAUUCAAUCUUGUUGAGAAGAUGGUCAAUGAGAAAGAACUACAUGUGUGGCAUACCACAUAUAAGUUCUUGAUAGGAAAAUUAUUGGCCCAACGAGGUUUCGAGGAAGCUCUGGAUGUUCUACAUUUGAUGAAAAGUCAAGAUUACCCACCUUUUCUGAAUCCCUUCAUCAAGUACCUUUCAAAGACUGGAAGUGCUGAUGAUGCACUUGAAUUUACUGCAGCAGUGACCCUGAAGAAACUUCCAUCAACUUCUGUGUUUCUCAAUUUGUUUGAAGCAUACUUUAAAGCAGGAAGGCGAAGUGAAGCACAGGACUUCCUUGCAAUAUGUCCGAGAUACAUUAGGAACCAUGCAGAUGUUUUGAAUCUUUUUUGUUCCAAGAAACCCCAGAAAGCAACUGCCACUAUUCCUGUGACUGCAUAGGCUCAGAUGGAUACGUCGUCUAGUUUUUUUGUGCUGCAACAUGUUUGGACAUUUUUUCCUAAUAUUUUCUUAUGAAAGUUUGCAACCGUCUCUGCUUUCUUUAAAUAUCGGGGCUUAGUCCCUUAGAAACCAUUUUCCAAUUAGAGUUCACUUGGUGAAUUUAAUCGACACAAUAAAACAUAGUUGCAUUGGACUCAUCAAAGUUAUGGGUGAACACUUCAUCAUGUUUUCAUAAAAGUUACUGACUCCACUGAGUUGUUCAUUUUAUGAUUCUCUGAGUAGGCUUGAGGAAAAAGGGACCUGUAAUUGGUCUAGUCUGCUGGAUCCAUCAUACAUAUUGUCUUAAUUCUGACUUUACUUGAUUAUGUAAACAACCUUGGAGAAUUUCAUGUUCCUUCAACUCC